CUCAGCCUCGCCGUCUGCUCUCGCGCGCAGGAUUCGGUCCCAGGCUCCGCUGCGGAGGCCGGGGAUGCGCUGCCGGGGCUCCCCGCAGGACUGAGCGCCCCCCGCUUCGGGGGGCUGGAGGUCCGGAGCCCCCGAGGGUCACGCCGAGGGUCCUGGGGUCCUGACCCUCCAUUCCCGCCCACGGCGCUGACAUCUCUAGCGCCAAGUCGAUGCAUCCCAGGAUGAAUGAGAUGAACCUGAGUCCCGUGGGGAUGGAGCAGCUCGCUUCAUCCUCCGUGAGCAACGCCUUGCCCGUCUCAGGAAGCCACCUCGGCCUGGCCGCCUCACCUACUCACAAUGCCAUCCCUGCCCCAGGACUGCCCGUUGCAAUCCCCAACCUUGGUCCCUCCUUAAGCUCUCUGCCUUCUGCCUUGUCUCUGAUGCUCCCGAUGGGCAUUGGCGAUCGGGGGGUGAUGUGUGGGAUACCGGAGAGGAACUACCCUCUCCCUCCCCCGCCGUACCCGCACCUGGAGAGCAGCUACUUCAGGCACAUCCUACCUGGCAUCUUGUCUUACUUGGCCGACAGGCCCCCUCCUCAAUACAUCCACCCGAACUCCAUCAGCGUGGACAACAACCCCGCGCUGGCCGUCCCCAACAACCCCUCGGCCUUAGACCCCUACCAGCCCGGCGGCAGCGUCGGCCUGGAGCCGGGCAUCGUGCCCAUGGAUGCGCGCGCGGUCGGUGCCCACGGGGCGCAGGGUCUCCAUCCUGGGGACGGCCACGAGGUGGCCCUGGACACCGCCAUCAGCAUGGAGAGCGUCUCCAGGGUGACCAGCCCCAUCUCCACAGACGGCAUGGCGGCCGAGGAGCUGACCAUGGAGGGGGUGGCCGGGGAGCACUCCCAGAUGCCCAACGGCUCCAGGAGCCACGAACCUUUGUCCGUGGACUCGGUGGGGAACAAUUUGGCGGCGGAGGCCGUGGGGCACGGGGGCGUCAUCCCUCUGCACGGGAACGGCCUGGAGCUCCCCGUGGUCAUGGAGACGGACCACAUCGCCGGCCGCGUCGGGGGGAUGCCCGAGGGCGCCCUCGCCGACUCCAUCCACACGGUGGCCAUGAGCACCAACUCUGUCAGCGUGGCCCUCUCUACCUCACACAGCCUCGCCUCCCUGGAGUCCGUUUCCCUGCACGAGGUGGGACUCAGCCUCGAACCCGUGGCCGUGUCCUCCAUCAGCCAGGAGGUCGCCAUGGGCUCAGGCCACGUCGACGUUGCCUCGGACAACCUCUCCUUCGUGCCGCCGUCCCUGCAGAUGGAAGACUCCAACUCCAACAAGGAGAACAUGGCCACCUUGUUUACCAUCUGGUGCACACUCUGUGACCGAGCCUACCCCUCAGAUUGCCCUGACCACGGACCGGUGACUUUUGUUCCAGACAGCCCAAUCGAGAGCCGAGCCAGGCUGUCUCUGCCAAAGCAGCUGGUCCUCCGCCAGUCUCUCCUGGUGCCAGAUGUGGGUGUGUGGACUGGAGAAACCAUUCCUGUUCGGACUUGCUUUGGGCCCCUGAUUGGCCAGCAGAGUCACUCUAUGGAAGUAGCAGAUUGGACAGACAAGGCAGCUAAUCAUAUCUGGAAGAUAUACCACAACGGUGUCCUCGAAUUCUGUAUCAUUACAACAGACGAAAACGAAUGUAACUGGAUGAUGUUUGUGCGCAAAGCCAGGAACCGGGAGGAGCAGAAUCUGGUGGCUUAUCCUCACGACGGGAAGAUCUACUUCUGCACCUCCCAGGAUAUCCCUCCGGAGAACGAGCUGCUUUUUUAUUACAGCCGGGACUACGCCCAGCAGAUGGGGGUUCCUGAGCACCCGGACGUGCACGUGUGUACCUGCGGCAAGGAGUGUAACUCCUACGCCGAGUUCAAGGCCCACCUGAGCAGCCACAUCCAGCAGCACCUCCCGAGCCAGAGCCACGGAGGCGGCGGCCACGGGCCCAACCACAGCAAGGAGAGGAAGUGGAAGUGCUCCAUGUGCCCGCAGGCCUUCACCUCGCCCUCCAAGCUCCAUGUGCACUUCAUGGGCCACAUGGGAAUGAAGCCCCACAAGUGUGACUUCUGCAGCAAGGCUUUCAGCGACCCCAGCAACCUGCGCACGCACCUGAAGAUACACACGGGCCAGAAGAACUACAGGUGCGCCUUGUGUGACAAGUCCUUCACCCAGAAGGCUCACCUGGAGUGUCACAUGGUCAUCCACACUGGGGAGAAGAACCUGAAGUGCGAUUACUGUGACAAGCUCUUCAUGAGGCGGCAGGACCUCAAGCAGCACGUGCUCACUCACACGCAGGAAAGGCAGAUCAAGUGCCCCAAGUGCGAGAAGCUCUUCUUGAGAACCAAUCACUUGACGAAUCAUCUCAACUCCCACGAGGGAAAGCGGGAUUACAUCUGUGAAAAGUGUUCCAAGGCCUACCUGACCAAGUACCACCUGACCCGCCACCUCAAGAUCUGCAAAGGCCCCGCCUCCAGCUCCUCGGCCCAGGAGGAGGAAGAGGAGGAGGAGUCUGAGGAAGAGGAGCCGGGAGAGGCCGCGGGGGCCGAGGGCUGUCGGCUGGGCGGGGCCGUGUACCCCACCGAGGAGGUCCUCCCCGGACGCAAGUGAGGCCGGACCGGGCGGGCGGGCGUGGGGAGAAGAGGGGACCCAGCCAGCGGCCGAGACAGACUGAAGGACAACGGGCGAAGCACUUAGAGAAGCCUGGAUCCUCCGGCCCGCUCCGGGAGGGAAGACGGGACCACAGGCCCAGAGCUUGCAGAGGGCCCAGCGACCAGCGGGGAAUGGGAUCCUCGGUAGUGUCUCUCCCGCCUCGUGGCUCCCCCCUUUCUGGUCAGCGCAUCAUCGCUCCCCCAACCAGGAGGCCCAUCAGGGCUGCAGCCCGAACCUCGGCU